CUCGAAUCGAAAUUGGUCCGGAAAAUCCGCUGCACGUAGAAAUUGACGGCACAGCGACAAUGGAGUGUAAAGUUGAUGCUAAACCUAAGGUGAACAGCGUGAGAUGGACUAGAAAUGGCAAAUAUAUUUCAAAUUCUUUCAUUCACACUAUUCAAGGGGUGACUGUACAGGACGCAGGAAAGUAUACUUGUAGCGCUGAUAAUGGCCUCGACCAUCCCGGUGAAAAGGACAUUUAUUUAGACGUGCUAUAUCCACCAAGCGUCACAGUUGACUCUAAAACGUAUGAGGCCGAAGAAGGUGGUACAGUUGAAAUACGUUGUGAAGUAUCCGCCAAUCCUGAACCCAUCUCAAUCGAAUGGACAAAGGAAGGAAAAAAUGACUUUCGCCAAAAGGGCAACACUUUGGUACUAACCAGAGUAGAUGCUGAAAUGGCGGGGACUUAUGUUUGCAAAGCUGUGAAUGUGAUAACGUCGUCGACGGGAAACCGAAUGGAGAGAGCGAGCAGUGCUUCUGUGGCAGUGCUGGUGAGGCACAAGCCCGGCCGAGCGUUCAUCAGUCCCGACCGACCUGUCGCUCAGGAAGGAGCAGGAGUUACUUUGACGUGUAGCGCCAAACCCCCAGGUUGGCCGGCCCCUCAGUACAGAUGGUUUAGAGACAUCGACGUUGGAGAUGUUAAACCGAAUGUAUUAGCAACCGGCAACAAAUACACGAUUCCAAGCGCUCAUCUCGGCAGUGAAGGAGUCUAUCACUGCCAGGCCACUAACGAACUCGGCCACGGUGAUAUAGCCUCCGUGAACCUUGAAGUCUAUCAACCUCCCCGUUUUCAAUCAAAACUUCAACCACACAUGAUUAAGAAUUCAGGCGAAAGGAACUUUUCAUUGACAUGUGUUGCGCUGGGAAAACCACUGCCACAUGUCAAAUGGUACAAAGACAAUUCUGAAAUUAAGGCUGAUGCCAAUCUAUAUGAGGUAAAAACUGAAAUAAACGAAAGUAGAAAUGCCGUCUUCAAUAUACAAAGCAUGUUAAGGUUCCGGGGUCGAGCGAGACCAAACGGCGAUGACUUACUUCCCGACGACAGAGGAGUGUAUUCAUGUUCCUUUGAAAACGAAGUGAAGAAAGUAGAAUCAACCAUGCAACUACGAAUUGAACACGAGCCAAUAUCAAUCCGACAACAAAACAAAGUAGCUUACGAUGUCAUGGAAAACGCGGAAAUAUCGUGUAGAGUCCAAGCUUACCCGAAGCCGGAAUUUCAGUGGUUUUACGGCUCUAAUACCGCACCGUUGCAAAUGUCCUCCGACGGCCACUACGAAAUAACCACAACGACUGAUAAUAACGACUCCUAUUUAAGCAUUCUGCUCAUACGCAACGUGAAGGCGCAGGAUUACGGCGAUUAUUACUGUAAAGUGAAGAAUUCGUUGGGCAGCAUUCGCCCGCAGAUUAGGUUGCAACCAAAAGGCGCUCCCGAAUCGCCGCGCACUUUAUCUAGCCAAAAAGUAGGGCCCACUUUUGUGACUUUGAAGUGGGAAGCGGGAUUCGACGGGGGCUUGUCGAACACCAAGUAUUUUGUUUGGUAUCGACGGUUGAAGAACCCGGCGGGAGGGGAACACUGCGCUUCGGACAAAGCUGAUGAAUUUGACUGGAAGGAAUACGACUGCCGACGGUCCAACCCCUGCAACGUGACGCGGCUAGAUCAACAUAACACCUAUCAUUUUAAGGUAAUCUAUUUUUGUAUUUUUCCCAAUAUACACUUUGCCUGUAGUGUACGGUAGAAUAUUUUUAAAGCG